UAACGCAGACGCUCCUUCUGCUCCCUCUCCCCGCCGGUCUGCAUAAAAGCCGGCGUGGUAAUACUUGCAACUACACACUCUCUUGACCACACAGCCAUGUCUACAUCUUUGCUUAGGGCUGCCCGCUCACAGCUCUUCCUCCCUGCUACUCGGGCGUUCGGAUCCCUGCCAGCUCUACCACUGUCUCCACCUUCCCCGGCUGACGAAGACUCGCAGUUCAAAGCGCGGGUUCAACAGACGCAAGCAUUCUUUGAUCAGCCGCGGUUUGCCAAUCUCAAGAGACCAUACACUGCCGAAGUCGUCACGUCCAAGCAAGGUUCCUUGCCUGUGCUGCCACUGUCCUCUGCGUUACUGGCAGACAAGCUAUGGCGGCUGUUCGAGGAGCGUUCGAAGGAAGGGAGGCCGGUGCAUACCAUGGGUGCCGUUGAUCCCGUACAAAUGACACAAAGAGACUACCCAUACACGACUGUUCCCAACCAAGUCCAGCGCGUUCACAGAGCCCAACUACUCCAUGACAAGAAGCACUAUGACGAGCGUUGGUCCUUAUCACCGGAAGCUCGCGCGAAGACUCCUUAUGUGGAUUACCUUCGGCCUAUUAUUGCUGAUGCGGACAUGGGGCAUGGUGGUUCCUCUACGGUUAUGAAGCUCACGAAGCUGUUCGCCGAGUCGGGAGCGGCCGGUAUUCACCUCGAAGACCAGCUUGUAGGCGGCAAGAAGUGCGGACACCUUGCAGGCAAGGUUCUCGUCCCUGCGUCCACGCACGCGUCCAGGCUCAUUGCAGCACGUUUCCAACUGGACAUGAUGUACAAUAGCAUGCUAUUGAUUGCGCGGACGGAUGCUGAGUCGGGAAAGCUCAUUUCCAGCACGGUGGACAUCCUGGACCACGAGUUCAUCAAAGGAACGAUAGCUCCUGGCAAAGGCCUUGCAGAAGUCAUUCAAGAGGCUGAAGCUCGCGGUGCGACCGGUGCAGAAGUUGAUAAGAUCGAGGAGGAAUGGCUCGCGGAGCAUCCUCUCUGCACUUACAACCAAGCUGUGGAACAUGCUAUUGCUAACUCUUCGAAGAUAAGCGCCGCGGCCAAGGAUUCUGCCCUCAAGCAUUACCUCGAAGCUGUUGGCGGCAAGUCAAAUACCGAAGCUCGGGACAUCGCGGCCGAUAUCCUCGGAGAGCGCAUCCGCUGGGAUUGGGACUCUCCGAAGACGCGCGAGGGCUACUACCAUUACACCGGUGGCGUCGAGGCCGCAAUUAAACGGUCGCUCAGCUUCGCGCCGUACGCGGAUAUGAUCUGGCUGGAGACGAAGCUGCCCGACCUGCAGCAGGCGCGCUACUUUGCACGCAAGAUCCGGGAGCGCUACCCCGGGAAGUGGCUCGUCUACAACCUCAGCCCGAGCUUCAACUGGGCUGGGCAGGGGUUCUCGGACGAGGGCCUGAAGAGCUAUAUCUGGGACCUGGCGAAAGAAGGAUUCGUCCUCCAGCUAGUCUCCCUUGCUGGCUUGCAUCUGAAUGCGGCGGCGACUUGUGAGCUUGCUUCUCGCUUCAAGAAUGAUGGGAUGCUUGCGUACGUCGACCUCGUACAAAAGAAAGAGAAGGCUCUGGGCUGCGAUGUUCUGACGCACCAGAAAUGGAGCGGGGCUAACUACGUCGACCGCAUUCUUAACACCCUAUCUGCUGGUUCCUCGAGCACAUCUGCGGUUGGCAAGGACUCCACCGAGCAUCAGUUCUAGCUGGAGCUCUUCGCAGGCAACAGUAGUGUUACGAAAAGGAAGGCUGCGUAUUCCUAGUCGUAUUGGUUGCAUUUUGUUAUGCCGUAGAGGUAGAGGAUGUACUAUAUAUGCCCAAGAGGGAUGCUAGGAGUGUAAUGUACCACAGGUGGUUGGAUGCAUGCGUGUCCGUGGAAGACGAACGGCAGAUGAAGCAGAAGCCGGGAACGGCCCCCAAAUAUCGACCCAAACAGAAUAGCUUUCUGCGACAAAGUAGCGACAGUAUUAGAUAAUAAAUACAGCAUGUUCCAAGCGAAAGCAGAAAGGAAAGCUUGGACUAGCCAUAAAGCGAGCAGAACGAUGGUACAGUGGAGAGACAGUUUGUAACAAAGUCAGUAAAGCUAUUCAAAGGGUAAGAUAUGAAAGCAAUGUGCGUUAAAGAAGUAGAAGCAACUCAUUCCCGGGAAGCCAAGACAGACAGAUCCAAGCCGUUAUAGGGAUACGACAGCGAACCGUUCGGGGGAGAGACGAUCUCGAACUGGGACACGUCGACGCUCGGCCGGCUCCCGAACGAAGAAUCGGAUGCAUGCGACUGGCGGCCUACAGCCGCGAGCCCGUUCCGGGGAGGAGAGGAGGACGCCAGCAGUGGGGACCGAACACGGGGUGGUGACGAGGCAGAGGCAUUCGAGGACAUACUAGGUCUGCGGCCCUGCGAAUGCCGGCUCGCCGAGCGGUUGUGCUGCACAUACUGUUCUGGCAGCAUCGGGCUCGGUGGGAUGUCGCCAAAGGACGCAGCGGAACCAAGCGAGGGCGAGGAGCGCAUGGCACCUACAGACACGUAGAGUAUGCUUGGUUUCCGUUUGCGCGUCGGCUCGGCCUGCUGCUGUUCGGUGCUGGAACGUGAGGUCGUCGAGGAGAUCGAGCUCUUGGCCGAGCCUGCCGAAAGACUGCCACCCCUCAGGGACUUGAGGAUAGACUUCCGGACACUGUUCCUCUGCAAACCUGGAGUAGGGGGCGCUUGUUGGGGCACAGGACGGGGCGGUGACGGUGAGCGAACAGGUCUAACCGGAUGAACAGGAUAUGGCGACUCCUGAUCGAAGCAAAGGGCACGCAUAGUCUCUCGUGGAGGUAUGCUCGCAGGGACAAAGGGUGGAUAUUCAGACGCGGGGAUCGAUGACUUAGAUAUCGACUUUGCUCUUGACCGACCGGUUGGCUGAGGUUGAAACUGAGGCUGGGGAACUGGAGGGGCUGGCGGAGGCAUGUUGGGCGAUACUGGGCGAGAUUCAGGCUUCGCUUGUGUGCUGACAGAUUCUCGCUUUACAUCGCUCUUCCUCCACAGCUUUCUGAUGUUCUUGACGCUCAUCAGCGAGGACGACGAUGGCUUACUAUUCGCUCGUGCAUUGACUACCUCAGCAAUUUCAUCAGAUUCCAUGGAGAAGCGGCUAGAUGGCGUCCGAGAUUGGGGUCGUGAGUCGUUGAGAACGGGGCUAGGAGUCGCCAGGGAUGAGGUCCUAUCAGGAAAGCUGGCAACAUGAGUGGUAGAACCAUCAUCACUAUAGGAUUGCGAAUUCCGUUCCGACUCGAUGCGACUUGCCUCAGCCUCCGAAGGGUACCGUCCAAACGGGUCAGGGGAGAGCGGUAUAACGGGCGAAUCGAGACUGCGCGCAGAGCCGAACAUAUUGGGCGCGGUAAGUGGUGGAUACAAGCCACUGUCCUCUGCUAGUGCACGCUGUCGCGCAACCGUCUCGUUCGAAGGGGCAUCGGAUCUGGUAGACCGUCUUUGGAAUUGUUUGGGAGGUUCAGUGGUGAUACCAUUAAAUGCGAAUGUAGGUGGGGAUGGCAGCCUGUCUUCGUCUUUGUUACUGAGCGCAGAAUAUGGGACCGCAGGCCAUGCUGCUUCAGUUGCACCAGGACUCUUGAGAGGCGGAGAGACGUCACCCUUGCGAGGCGAUAGAGUCAGAGAUGGUGAACGCAUCGAGGCAUUGGAUUGGUCACGGCGGUGAACAGGGAUAUCCUCAGUUUUCAUGUCAAUUGACUGAAGGUGUGGACGAGGAGAGAACUGGGCAAGAUUCUUCUCAAUUUCAUCCAACUGAGCAGCCAUGAUAUACUGACUCUUCCUUCUGUCGUAAGGGUCGGAAUCGUCGUAAUCACCGUCAUCUGUGAUUGAUGGAUCCAACCCAAGGUCCAAAUCGCCAAAGACAGCACCGUCGCGCUUUUCAUCCUCAGGACUCCUGAUGUUGACAUUCUUCAGCAGUUCCUCGUCGAGCUCGUCCUCGUCCUCGUCCUCGUCCUCGUCAGGAAAGAGCGAAUGGCUUGAUAUAUGAGGGUUGGUCUCUGGUUCCGAUUGCUGGGCCGCAACAUCUGACGAUGGGCUUGCCAAGUAUGCAAGCCGAGCGCUGCUCGCACUCGAUGGCUGUGGACUCUGCUCAGGGACGCCGAGCUCGCCGUGGUUCUGUAGCAUGAGAUGUAAAGGAGGGGGAACGUGCUUCUUAACGGUACCGGCAGUCGCAGGCUCGGACCGCCGCUUGGCAAGAACUGCCGCCUCUUCCUCUGACGGAAUAGCCACCGUCAGAGGAGGCUUCGGCAUCCGGUUGAGCAGCUCGGAUACAUCGGCUUCAUCGUCAGGCACCGACAUGCACGAUUCGUCGCCCUCCUCAAGGUCAUCAGGAAGGUUAGAGACAGCGGCUGCAUCUAGAGCAAGGUCAACGACGUUAGGAUUGUUGUUCUGCCUUGCUUCAGGCUCCGCGCGCAUCUCUGCCCAAGUUUCCGCGUCGGUGCCGAAGACAUCAUCCAGGGGGUCGCCAUCUGCCCCCAUGGCAUCCAGACGAGCGGUCAAGUCGUCAUUGCCUUCAUCUUCCAGCAGCUCGUACCCUUCGUCUUUUUCCUCCGUCACCAAGAAAGCUGGGCGGUUUGCCCGCUUGUUCAUCCUGUCCACCAAACGCAAGUCUAUCGGUGCCUUCUUGGUCCCUUCCUCACCCUCCUCACCACCCUCGCCGUUCUCGCUCAGAGAUCGACUCCUUCCGCUCACCCGACUCUCCGCUCUCUUCGCAUGGGUGAUUCUCCUACUUCGUACCCAAGCCUUGUACCACUCGGCAUUCCUCCUGUCAAUGUCAAACUCGACCUUCGCAAGCACUGGCACCAGCGCUGGUGAUUCGAGACCUGGAAGGGGAAGAGAGCUUGCAUCUGUGGAGGGGGCUACAGACGAAGCAGAAUCCGGAGUGUCCACAUCGCUUGGCGACGGAGACUGGGACGGAGUCGACGGCGACGGUGUCAGCGGAGAGAUCUCAGGGAGCUGGGAUGAGACAAAAGCACGCAAGUUCUGCGGUUGUUGCGAUGGAUUGCUAGUCACGUCCUGAAGAAGUGCAGGUGAUGACCUGCCGGCUACGCCGUACCCAAGUCCCAGACCGAAAGGUUUGGGACCUGGCGCAGGAAUCUCGUCUUUCUCGGCCCUAACCACCCUCGCCCAGAUGUGUUUCCAGAUGUCCUCAGAUAUUCUUGGCCCCGGCUCUUCAUUGUGUGCGGCGUUCAUGGUCGUGAUGAGAUACAGAACCAUACCGACUGUACUCGGCAGAGCGUAUUCCCGAGCAAUCGCGGUCAACUGCGACUGCAACGUGGAAUAAACGGGGACGAGGACUCCUCUUCGGAACUGAGUAUGAUAUCCUGAGGCAGUAAGUGGGAUGGGGGCAAGAGUAUCUGUGUCAUGCGGCAGAUGGCGGGGCGGUAUGACAUGCAGAAGGUAUCUUGACGUGGAAGGAGCCGCCGGUAGAUGUGAGGAUGCUACUGACGGUGUUGGAGACCUGCCUCGUGCAUCGUGAGGAAAGAGGGGUGACGCCAGAGUCAGACCCGAGCUACUAAUGUUGGAGGCAAGAGAAGGGACAAGGGUGCCUGAUGCAGGUACUGGAGUCGCCACACCGAGGGCGUUAGCAAGUUUCGCCAGCCGGUGGGGAGACAACGGAGCUUUUGGAGCGGGCCAUGAUGGCUGGGGACCAGUAGAGGAGGGUGAGAGAGCAGAGGAACUAUCCGAGCGAUUAGUCUUGGGCAUGAUGAUCGUAGAGAGCGGCGGUCGUUAGUGAGUGGAACUGCUUCGCAUAGAUUAACCUCUGCUCCUCAAGCUGCAAAGUCUCCCGUGUACGCCUGACACGCGUAUAACUAGCUCGUGAUGUGAUGCAAGAAAGAUGGACCACACAGUGGAAGCCUGGAGAAAGCGAACACGACUCAGACGAGUCGUAGAGAGGAGAAAGGUGAAGAAAGGGAGGACGAGAGGCUUUGGC